UCUCGUUUCCACUCCCACGCACAACACUUCUUCAUCUUAUUUUCUCUUUCCUUCGCCAUGGUUUCUCCAGAUGCCAUUCGCACCGUUCUUGGAAUCUUUGGAAAUGUCAUCUCCCUGUUCUUGUUCCUCUCCCCAGUGCCGACCUUUAUCCAAAUAUGGAAGAAGGGAUCGGUGGAGCAGUACUCGCCGAUGCCGUAUCUAGCCACGUUAAUAAACUGCAUGAUGUGGACGCUGUACGGCCUGCCUAUGGUGCACCCGGGAAGCCUACUCGUCGUGACAAUCAACGGCUCCGGUACUGUCAUCGAGCUUGUCUACGUCAUCAUCUUCUUGGUUUACUCCGACGGCAAGAAGAAGCGGGUGAAAGUGCUUCUGGUGUUGCUAGUUGAGGUCAUCUUCGUGGCGGUUCUGACCCUUCUUGUCCUCACCUUGGCUCAUUCCUUCCACCGCCGUUCCGCCAUUGUCGGCACCGUUUGUAUUGUCUUUAACAUCAUGAUGUAUGCGUCGCCACUCACUGUCAUGAAACUGGUAAUUAAGACAAAAAGCGUGGAAUAUAUGCCGUUUUUUCUCUCCUUUGCAUCGUUAGCCAACGGCGUCGUUUGGACUGCUUACGCUUGUAUCCGUUUCGAUCCGUUCAUCACGAUUCCGAACGGCCUCGGGACGUUGUCGGCACUUGUUCAGCUCAUUCUCUACGCCACCUUUUAUAAAUCCACUCAGCGCCAAAUCGCGGAAAGAAAAGGCCAAAUCCAUCUCUCUGAAGUCGUCGUUAACUGUAGCUACCCACCGGACAAAGCCGCCGGUGGUGUGGCGGGCACUGCUCCUGUUUCAGACACGACGGCGCCACCCCACAAGACUUGACCGGCGGUGGGCGGCGAGAUGGAUGAGUUGGAUGCGUGGAAGUAAAAACCAAUUCAUAUUCAAAAAGAACUUUUUUGUUCAUGCUUUUGGGAAUUAUAUGGUUUUCAUAAUAAUAAUAAUAAUGGUUUUAUUUCGGUUUU